UUUCCGGGCGGAAGUGGGCGUAGCGCUGAGGGGAAAACAGCCCUCCUUUCCGGUGUAGGGGCACAGUUGAAGAAGCGACGGAGGGUCGAGGAGUCGUUUGUGAGGAUGACCCGGCACGGCAAGAACUGCACGGCAGGGGCCGUCUAUACCUACCACGAGAAGAAGAAGGACACAGCGGCCUCAGGCUAUGGGACCCAGAACAUUCGACUGAGCCGGGAUGCUGUCAAGGACUUUGACUGCUGCUGCCUCUCUCUGCAGCCCUGCCACGACCCUGUCGUCACCCCGGAUGGUUACCUGUACGAGCGUGAGGCGAUCCUGGAGUACAUUUUGCACCAGAAGAAGGAGAUCGCCCGGCAGAUGAAGGCCUACGGGAAGCAGCGGGGUGCCCGGCGUGAGGAACAGAAAGAGCUGCAGCGGGCGGCGGCGCAGGACCAGGUGCGGGGCUUCCUGGAGAAGGAGGCAGCCAUCGUGAGCCGGCCCCUCAACCCCUUCACGCCCAAGGCCGCCCCCGAGACCGGUCCAGAUGACGCCCACCCCGGGGCCAGUGCGGGCCCCACGGGCAAGGACAAGGACAAAGCACUGCCCAGCUUCUGGAUCCCGUCGCUGACCCCCGAGGCCAAGGCCACCAAGCUGGAGAAGCCCUCGCGCACCGUGACCUGCCCCAUGUCUGGGAAGCCGCUGCGCAUGUCUGACCUGACACCCGUGCGCUUCACGCCGCUGGACAGCUCCGUGGACCGCGUGGGGCUCAUCACACGCAGUGAGCGCUACGUGUGCGCUGUGACCCGCGACAGCCUGAGCAACGCCACGCCUUGCGCUGUGCUGAGGCCCUCUGGGGCUGUGGUCACCCUGGAGUGCGUGCAGAAGUUGAUUCGGAAAGACAUGGUAGACCCCGUGAACGGGGAGAAGCUGACCGACCGGGACAUCAUCGUGCUGCAGCGGGGCGGCACCGGCUUCGCGGGCUCCGGAGUGAAGCUGCAGGCUGAGAAGUCCAGGCCGGUGAUGCAGGCCUGAGUGCACAGGAGACCAAAUAAACAGGCUUGGACUCACCGGCCCUUGUGGUGCCUUCGUUGGCCUCGCGGGAGCCCUGGGGCCACACGGGGAGCCCUCCAGCGUGCACCUGCUGCAGUGCCCCAGUGUGAAGGCGUGGGCUAAAGUUACCUUUAAGGUGGUCUGACGUUAAGAGGAAAAUCCGAACUGAGCCCACACGCACGUGUUAAAACUGGGCAAGAGGGGCACCUGGGUGGCUCAGUCGGUUGAGCGGCCGACUUCAGCUCAGGUCACGAUCUCGCGGUCCAUGAGUUCGAGCCCCGCGUCGGCCUCUGGGCUGAUGGCUCAGAGCCUGGAGCCUGCUUCCGAUUCUGUGUCUCCCUCUCUCUCUGCCCCUCCCCCGUUCAUGCUCUGUCUCUGUCUCAAAAAUAAAUAAAACAUUAAAAAAAAAAAAUUAAAAAAAAAAAAAAAAAAAAAACUGGGCGAGAGCGGCCAGAGGUCAAGGUCCCAGCUGCGACCGUAGGCAGGCGCCGCUUUGACAGGCUAAGUAGAAAUCCCGCCGCAUCUUUUUGAGUCAUUCCAAAUUCGAAGCCCGCGAGGUGUCCAGGAAAGCCUCUCUCCCAAGUAAAGGGUGGUGAGACGCCCAAAGGAAACCAAACGCAGUGAGAGCAGCCGGCACCCAGUCAGGAGCCCUCCUCCCUGACCCUUGACUGCCGGAAGGCCAAGAGCAAGAAGAAACCCUCGUCCAAGGACGCCAGAGGCCGGGGGCUGCACAGUACCGGGCGGGUGUGGAGAGCCGAGGGUGCAGGGGGGAGGAGGCCGCAGAGGGUGGGGCCUGGUGCACCUGCCUGGAGUCAGCUUACGGAGGAGCACAGGGGCAGGUCUUAGAGCUCUGUGGGUUUUUUCUCCCCGUUUUUUAAAUUUAGUUUUUAAUGUUUAUGUUA